AUGUCAAUUUUGAACUCUCAAUUUUCUAGCAUUCUAGGAAUCUCGUAUGGCCCCAAUCUGAUUCACGUAACAAAUUUAGACAGAAGUAGUAAGUUUACGAGUGCCUCUCCUCGUUUCUCUCAUCUCAACAAUGCCACACUCUCUAACUCUCCCAAACAAAAAAUCAUUCCCCAAAUCCAAAACCAAUUCCCUAAAAAUGCAGAUCAUCAUCAUCAAAAACAAGACCGCAAUUGUAUAGCCACAAAUCGGAAUCCCAUCUCCACCGGGGCAAUGGCAACAGGCGUGGCCGAACCCUUGCCGCCGUCGACCUCCACCGCACCGACCUACUCCUACCCUCCCGUCAUCAUCAUCCUCACCAUCGUCCUCCUCAUCUUCUUCUUCGCGGGAUUCUUCUCCAUCUACUUCUGCCGCUGCUUCAUGCAGAACCUCCUCUGCACGUGGCACCUCCGCCGCAGCACCACGGCGGCCCCCUCGGGCGGGGCUGCAGGCGCCGCCCCGGGGGGCGCCGGGCUGGACCCGUCGAUCGUGGAGUCGUUCCCGACGUUCACGUACUCGACGGUGAAGGACUACACGAAGGAGAGGUACGGCGUGGAGUGCGCCAUCUGCCUGGUGGAAUUCCGGAGCAGCGACGUCCUCCGCCUCCUCACCGCCUGCUGCCACGUGUUCCACCGUGAGUGCAUCGACCUUUGGCUCGAGUCGCACAAGACGUGCCCGGUAUGCCGCCGGGACCUCAACUCGCCGCUGCAGUCACCGGUCAAGUCGCCGAGGGUGUCGGUCAACGAGGAGGACGAGGGGACCCGCCAAGAAGUAGACAGCUGCAGCGUCACCAUCAAAGAAGAAGACGAGGAGGGGAGGAAUCAGGAGGAGGGCGGUGAGAUGGAGACGGAGAGGGAGAAGUUCUCGAGAUCGCACUCGACGGGACACUCGAUAAAGAGGAAUAGGGAAGGGGAGGAGAAGUAUACGCUGAUAUUGCCGGAGGAGGUGAAGUCGAGCAUCAUAAGUAGGCAUAACUCGAGCAAGAGUUGGACGAGUUUCGGUGAUUUUAAACGUAAUAAUAAUAAGAGUGCUGACAAUCACGAGAGAGUAGCCGAGGCCGAGUCUUCUGGGGUGCCUGCUGAAUCAGACCACAUAGUAUAGCCAAUUUUCAUCGUUUUUCAUUUUGGUGUUAGGU